AGUUCGGAUCAAUGCUGACAGCAGUAUAUUCUUGAUCGAUUUCCAGGUCUUCGCCAUGCAGUCUAUGCCUGCAAUGCCGCCCACCAGCGGCAACAUGAGAUCUCCUCAAGGCUUUCAGAGCAUGCCUCCAAUGGGCGGUCCGCAGGGCGCUGGUCCACCGAUGACCAACUUCGGCGCGAUGGGCAACGUUCCAAGAACUUCGAUCCCGGGGACUGGCAUGCCAGGAGUGCCAAGAAGCGGGCCACCCAUGUCGGCUGCCUCUAUGCAGGGCGGCUACCAACCAGGGCCCAUGAACUCCAUGCCGGGCAUGGGCUCAAUGCCAGCCAUGCCAGGCGGUUCGAUGGGCGCAAUGCCACAGGCAUCGCAAGGCCCGCCGCUCGCCAUGCAGGGACAAUACAUGCCAAACGUGUCGCGACCGCAGAUGACCAGUGUUGCCAACCCUCCCGUUGUUGCAGGAAACAUUCAAUAUGGUCCGUCAUACAAAAUGCAGUACCAGAAGCGCUCAACAUCGGACAAGUCGGCAGUGAAGUACACGGGCUUUUUGCCCCUGGAGGGAGUCUACGAGGAGGAUACCUGCCGUAUUGGAUGAGAGGCCUUGCUGGAGCGCAGCCCUGCGAAAGCGCAGGGCUGCAAACGGAUCCCUGCCCUUUUUUUGGGACGCCCAGUUUUUUCUUCUUCUGUGGGUCAUUGG